GUUGUUACUGCGGAGGAAGAGGAUGUGGAGAUAUGAAAGACUUAACAUGGGAGAAGAUCCAGAUCAAUUACAGUGUAGUUAUAGCCUAUACAUUUAGGAAAAGGCAGAAUUAUUGGUAAGGACAUUUGUUAAAUUCCAUAGUCACGAAAGUUUGAGUAAUGAGGAAAGGAGUGAAAGAGAGGAAAACAAUAUAAAGAAAUGUAGAAGCUUUGCAGGAUGAGAGGGAUGAUGAUUCAAUAUGUUGUUGACUUCAUUUAACAGAACUGUAUCAAGCUUUGAAUAAAUAUAGAAAAACAUCACCAUGGAAGACAUCAGGUCAGUGACUGUUUGUUAAUCAAAUCAAGUGAUAAGGGCAAAUAAAUAUUUACAUUUAUUUAAAAUAAUAAGAUAUGGGAAGAGGGAUGUUUACCCUCCCAUUGGAAAGAGUCAUUAAUUGUCCCCAAAUGCAAACCAGGCAACAAUUCAAGUUCAGCAGAAAGUCAUAAACCAAUUGUACUGACAUCUUGUGUAGGGAAGAACUAUGAAAACAAUGAUACAUGAAUGAUUCAAAUCUAAUGUAGAGAGUAAGGGACUUUUAAAGGAUUACCAAAGUGGAUUUAGGACACGUUUAGGUUUACCAGGUCUGUCCGGCAGCCUGCCCCACCACCUGAUCCAUCUCGCCUCCAGGUGGGAAUCAGCUGCUGACAGCUCUGGCUCCUCUCUUCACUGGAGUGUCGAGAUGUGAAGAUAUAACUACACAGUCCAUCAUCGAUCUUUAAUCUGACUUGUUACGGUACCAGGUACACUUACGAUCAUCCCAGUACACAACAAAAGAAAGACACUUAUGAAUGUAGGCCUACGUGGGUGUGACGAGAUGAAAACGAAACCAAACACAGGGGCGUCAUGUGAAGUUUUUUUCUACGGAGCUUUUCAAUAUAAAGUGUGAUCUCUAGUCUCUAUUUUCAUUUUAGCCACGCAGAUAAAAUGAAGAGAGCCCAGUAAAGUUACAGAAGACAGCAGCAUAAAGAGAGGCAACAGGAUGUCCCCGUCAAGAAAGGAGCUCCAGAAGGCCUUGUUGCGCUACACUGCAGACACCCUCAUCCACAUCCACACGGUGAGAGGAUUCUGUGAGAGGGCCCCUGAAUGGAUGCUAAAGAGGGAGUCAGAGUUAAAUGUGAUGAUGGACAUCAAGGACAGGGCUGACCGCAUCGACCUAAACGUCAGACAUGUUAGCCAGUCAGAGAAUAAAGGAAAAGCCUUUCUUGAGUACAUGAAGAGCAAGGUGACACAGGUGACCGCAAAGAGCAGGUUGGAAGAGCUGGAGAAGGAGCUGGCUGCUGUGCUGAAGGACACUCUAAUGGAACUGGAGAAGCUCCACUGUUUCCUGGAUGCGGUAGAGAAACUGACAGUCACCUCACUUCAUGUGUUCAUGGAGGGGAGGCAGGUGGUGUUACACCUGCCAGAGGGGGUCGGCCUCGAUCAUGUUCAGGUUGUGAUCGCUGCUGCACGGCUGGUCUGCCCUCUGCUCAUUGAGUUUAAAAGAGAUGAAAUGGUCUUCUUCCAGCCCAAACUGCAGAAUGUGGAAGUGCUGGCGUAUCAGCUGGACAAAUACAUCCAGACCACCCAGAGGAUCUGUGGACUGUUGGAGAAAAGCACUUUCAGUGACUUCGACCUGAACAUGAUCAAGAAAUCUGCAGUAGACCUGGAUUUGGAUUUAUCAGAAGACGACAUGGAGAGGAUGCUCUAUUACAUCAAUCAGCUGGAUGACAUCAGAAUGAACCAGCACUUCUCUUUGGUGUACUUGUUUCAUGACUGCUCUGGCUUCCUCGACGAGUUCAGAGAUUGUCAACCUCGCCUGCUGCAGUCUCUAGAUGGACUGGAGGAGAUUGCUGUUCAGCUCGACUCCAUGAAUAAGGGGGCAAAGAUCUCCAGUGUGGUGGGCAGCUCAGUGGGGGCGGUUGGAGGCGUGCUUUCCAUCAUUGGUUUAGCAUUGAUUCCUGUAACAGCUGGACUGUCUCUGGGUCUUACCAUGACUGGGAUAGGGCUUGGUGUCACCAGCGGGGUCAAUGGCGUUGUCACUACGGCGACAGAGUUAGGAGUAAACAGUACACAACAAAAGAAAGCCGCUGAGGUCUUCGAGGGGUUCAUGAAGGAUUUCCAGAGUCUCCAGGAUUGUCUGAAGAAAGUCAGCGAUCAAACUGUCGCCAGAAUGGAAGCAAGUCAGAUAGAUGUAGUCUUGGGAGUGGGCAAGGUGCUUGUCAAAGGUGGUGUCAUUGUAAGAGGUGUUGAUGCACUUGUUGAUGCUGGUCAAGCUUUACAGAACGUGCCAAAGGUGGCCGCAGACAUCCCAGAUAUCGGACAGGCAGCAAUCAAAGAGCCUCUUGCCUUCACCAAGUCCGCCAGAGCCGGUCUCAUCGGGCUGAAUGCUCUUUUUCUCGGCAGCAUCAGUCUGUCCAAAGGUAGCGAGACUGAGGCCUCACAGUUCAUCAGAGCCAGAGCGGCACUGUGGCGCUCAGAGAUCGACGCCUGGCAGAAAAUCCACGACUCCCUGAUAGAAGGUCUGCAGAAAUCAGAGAAAAACAAAGCUAUCCUGGAAACGCCAUUUCAUCCAGAGUUGGAGAGUGAGCUGAAGAUGGAGACGAAGAAACAAAAACAAACGGAAAUGGAAAUUCCCCCUGAUGAAGAGAAUGAAAACAUGGAAAAGGAAGGAAAAAAAUUGUAAUACAGUAGUCUUCAGGUAUGAUUGGCCUGUUUUCUUUUUUUUAGCAACUUGAGCAAUAAGAUUUGAUAUCAGCUUAAUGUAUGAUCCAACAAAUAAAUGAUAAUUGCACUUUGCUUAAAGAUUACUGUUCAGGAUCAAACACUGUUAAAAUUAAAAAUGUAUGUAAUUAUUAUGACAUUAAGCAACCUUCCAUGCCACUUUUCUUCUCGUGAAUGUUGGAUUUUUUUUAACCUUUCGCUGAGCCAGAUUCAUUUUCAAAUUGAAUUUGAAACAAUUAUCUGGAGGAGAAAUCAAUACAAUUGAAUUGUCUUUCCGAAGGGAACUUGAAUAAAUGGGCCCUUAUUGCUUAAAUGUGUGGGCUCAUUAAAGGUGAAGUUAUACUCAUAAUUGAUAUCCUGUGAUCAUAUAACCAUUUCAUGUUUUUGUAAACCUAAUUUUUGAAUAAAAAAAAGAAUCCCUGAGAACUCCA